UUAAAGAAUGAGCGCCAUAGCCCCAACGUCUUCUCCCAGAGCCAGUCCAUUCUGGGCACACUUAAUUUUGAAGUAUAGGGCAAGGCGAGAGGUAGUGCGUCUUGGAGGAUGCGACUGGUAUCGCCAUAAUGGCUGCUCUCCCACCUCUGCAGAGAUUACAAAUUAAGCGUCUGCCUCGCUUCUUGCUCCCAGCGAUUGAUGGCCAACCUUGAACCCAUUGAAUUGGCUCUUCUUCAGAACCAAAGUUAUUUCUGUAAGUGCCCCCGACGGCAUACUCUUCGGACCUUGUGGGGUAACCAUUUCGGCAUUAGCCCUUAAGUUGGUGUGAUAGAAACGAUAGUGGUGUCAUAAUCUAAUCAGCUGUAAUCAUGAUUGAAUUAAAGAUACAUAACAUAGAAUAGAGUAAUAGAAUAAAUGGAAGCAUUUCAUAUUACUUUAAGGAACUAGUAAAAAAGGAAAUCCCAGUCUUCGCAGCCUAUUAAUACUUGAAAUACAUACGACUAUUAAGGUGGGUAAUAGCAAAUAUAACUAAAUGUAGCGAAAGAGUAUAGACGCUUCGUUAAGCGGCCAUAACCAUCUGCCUCUUUCGCUCGGUGCUUAGGUUCGCUUUUGGCGUGUAGCUGCCAAACAGCUCCCUGUGAUGCACCUGUCAUACGGCCAACUGAAAGUGGUGCUCAUUUUGGCCCUGCUGCAGGAGCUGCAGGUUAAGACGCAGCGGGAGGUGUUCCAGGAGCUUUUCGAGAAGGAUCUGCGCUUGUGUCCAGACUGUUUCGUUGGACAGAAAGAGCAGUGCGGUGAAAUAUUCCAGAAAAUUGCAGAGCCCUCGGAUUGGAGUAGACUUGUGAAAGCCAUUUCGUUGCUCGUUGAUCGUCGAGCGAUUCACUAUCUAAGGCUAAAAGACCAGGAUCAGGCAGUCCAGCUGGUGGCCAAAAGAAAGAUCAUUAAUGCGCAUAGCUAUCAGAUGAAAAAUGUGAAAAGAGCUUUCUAUGAACUAGAGGAGCGUCCUGGUGGUUUUCAUCUCUGCCGAACUCUGGCAAGGGAACCCCGCUUCGUUUCGUAUUUGGAGCAGCGUGGACAUGUGUAUGGUUCUACCAGUGUAUGGUUCUACAUGAUGCACUACGUCAGUCCGCUGCUCAUGCAGGAACUACAUCUUCAGGGCUUUCCAGUGCCUACCCCAUACGCCUCCUGCGGACUGACACAUUUUCAAUCAUACGCUGGACGCACAUUAGCUCAUUACGUCAAUGCCGAAGAAGGUUUGCGUUUGGAGCUGGCCCUUCAGUUAAUCCAGCUCUCCCUCAAGCUGACUUUUGGCUUCGCGGACUUUCGCAUUAUUUUAACCGAUUUCACGGCCGAUAAUUUGGCUUACGACGAAGAAACCAAGAAGGUGUACCUCAUUGAUUUGGACUCCGUGGUCCUGGUGGACGCUUCUAGCAUGGCAGGACAAGCCGAAAAGUACGAACCGCUGGCCGGCGAGGGCUUCACAUUUGAUGUCUCGGCUUUCUGCUCCGGCCACCAGCUGGAUGCCAAUAUCUACCAGGCAUGCCUUCUGCUAAGGGAUUCAUUGCUUAAGAAUUUGGACAACGAAAAGCUGCAGCUGCUCCUGGAGCAGUGUGUAGCAUGCCAAGAUGACUUCUGUGAUAUGCGUUUCCAACAUGCUUACGACCUAAUAAAAGAGCUGGAAAGCAAAAAUUAAAGCCAAUCGUUGGAGAUCCACUAGUAAAUAAUAGUUUAUAAUCAUAAAACGUAUUCUUCAUUACACUCAA